AUGGCAGACAGGGCAAAACCAGACAGGAUUCCUGCAUUUUCCUCAACUCCUGAUUGGGAAUCUACAGGUUAUGAGCCUGUAUCAGAGAUGUCCAACCCUAUAACCCGUGAAAUAGACAGAGCUCCAGCCAGCAGCAUUGUGAAGAUGCUACACGCCUGCGACAUCCAGAUGUUUCAGGAAGAGUCAGGAUUAGCCUAUGAGAAACUUCUGAGCAACCAAGUGGUGGAAACCUUAAUGAAGGUGGCAGAGAGAGUGCAGCUCAUUUUAGAGGAUCCUCAGGACAGCCUCAUCGUACUUAGUGGCUGUGGCACUUCUGGGCGCCUUGCAUUCUUCAUCACGUCAGGAUUUAACAGAGAGCUAAGGCGGCUGAACCAGGGUGCGAUCUGUUUGUACAUCAUCGCAGGAGGAGACAGAGCUCUAUUUUCCUCCCAAGAGGCUCCAGAGGACGACCCCAUAUUGGGCUCGCUCAGUCUCAGAAAGGUAUCUGAGGGAAAGAAGAGAGUCCUGUUCAUCGGCAUCUCCUGUGGAUUGUCUGCUCCAUUUGUGGCCGGUCAGUUGGAUGUCUGCCUACAGCAUCCUGAUGUCUACACUCCUGUAUUGAUAGGCUUUAAUCCUGCACAUCAAGCCAGGAAGGAGCCAAUACCUGGCUGCACGUUCACAUUUCAUAGUGUGGUGGAAAGGAUGCAAGAGCUCUCCAAAAUGCAAAAGGCUUUCCUCAUCAACCCAGCACUCGGGCCGGAAGCCAUCAGCGGCUCCUCGAGGAUGAAGGGAGGCAGCGCCACUAAGAUUCUCCUGGAGGUCGUCUUUUCUGCUGCUCAUGCUGCCAAUUCCUCAAGAACACCCAUCUUAUACAAUGGGAUUCUGCAGCGCAUGAAAUCUUAUAAACAAGCUCUGGACGUCACAUACUCACAAGCAGAGGGGAUUGCUGCUCUCAUGGAGGCUGCUGGACACAGUUUGCAGUGUGGGAGGCGGGUGUGUUACCUGGGCUGGGGCUCCCUCGGUUUGCUGGGCCUUAUUGACGCCAGUGAAUGUAAACCCACUUUUGGAGCAGACUAUGAAGACAUCAGAGGCUUUGUCAGCGGAGGCUACAAAGAGCUGGGCAACAAAGAGGGUGAUUUAAAUUUGAUGGGUUGUGAGUUUGGUAUCACUCAUGAUGACUUUCUGAACAGCGUCCUGCCUUGUCUCACUGACAAGGACAUGGUUCUGCUUCUGUACUCUCAUUCUGAUGAUGUCGACGGGGUGGCAAGGCUGGCGCGCAGAGUGAGGGAAAAGACAUCUAAUAUCCAUUCUGUUUAUCAUCAUGCUGAUGGAGACACCACCGAACAACAAGAUGAAAUAAAUAAGCAGUGUUCAUCCACCCUCGACUUCACAUGGCCCCAAGAAACAACUGUCUUCAUUAGUUUGCAGCACAUGUGGGAGCUGUCCACCAAGCUGCUUUUGAACGCAGUGAGCACUGGAGCUCACAUCUUCAAGGGAAAGGUAUACCAGAACUACAUGAUCGAUCUGCAAGUCACCAAUAGCAAGCUCUACCACAGAGCCACACGAUUACUUCAGACGCUGUCUGGUCGAUCAGAGUCACAGUGUGAGGAAGCCCUGUUGAAGGCAAUCUAUCAAGUGGACAAACUCACAGAGGACAUGAUGACCUGCCACUUAAAAACACAUACUGACGCUGCCGGAAAAGGCGAGAAGGUUGUUCCAUUGGCUCUGGUUUGCUUGCUGACUGGCUGCUCUGUAAAGGAGGCGAAGUCUCUAUUGGAGCGCAAGGCAAUCAUCAGAGAGGCCGUAGAGGAAUCACUACAGUUUCAGAAAGUGGAACUCUUCUAUGUGGAGACUAAUGGAAGCUCCAAAGAGAAGGCAGAAUAG